AUGGACGGAGGAGGCGGCGCCGACGCGCAGGCGCAGCCGGUGGCGCAGGCGCCGCCGCCGCCACCCCAGCAGCAGCUGAGCAGAUACGAGUCGCAGAAGCGGCGGGACUGGAACACGUUCCUGCAGUACCUGCGGAACCACCGGCCGCCGCUGACGCUGGCGCGGUGCAGCGGCGCGCACGUCAUCGAGUUCCUCAAGUACCUGGACCAGUUCGGGAAGACCAAGGUGCACGCGUCGGGUUGCGCGUACUACGGCCAGCCCAGCCCGCCGGCGCCGUGCCCGUGCCCGCUGCGCCAGGCGUGGGGCUCCCUCGACGCGCUCAUCGGCCGCCUCCGCGCCGCCUACGAGGAGAGCGGCCACGCGCCGGAGUCCAACCCCUUCGCCGCGCGCGCCGUCCGGAUCUACCUCCGCGAGGUGCGCGACGCGCAGGCCAAGGCGCGCGGGAUACCCUACGAGAAGAAGAAGCGCAAGCGCACGCAGCCUCCUCCUCCGCCGCCUCCGGCGCCCCAGCAGCCGCCGGGCGCUGCCGGGGAGGCGUCGAGCUCGUCAUCGGCCGCCGCCGUCGCCGAAGACGGCAGUGGCAGCUCCGCGGCUGCUGCUGCACCCGCAGCCACCACCACUAGCCAGACAGCAGCAGGAGGUAGCAGCACCACUGCUGCUGCACCGAGCACCACCCGAGUAUAGUAGAUCACCAUCACCUUGCUGCAAACAUCCAUGUCUAUUUGCUUCUGUAUGCGUCUCGUUCGCCCUUAAUUUGCAAGAUUUCAGCUAUUUCUUUUGCCAUUUGGUUCUUAAUUAGUAUCCUUCUUGCUCUUUAGCAAUAGCUAGCAGCUCUAUCUCCUCAUCAUUUUCACUCUUGAUUGCUUCUUCACUUAAACUUGGGUCUUUUUAGUUUCUUUUUUUUUUUACUUAUCUUGUUGCUAAAUUACCUAGCUAGCUAGGUCAGUGAGUAUAUAUAUAUGUGGCAAUCGGCAAACUGGUAAUUGGGAGUAAUAAGAUAGGGAAAUGAGCUAAUUGUCAUAGCACUACUGUUCCUCAUCUCCCAUAUAUACAUACUACCCAUGAUGAGAUGAAAGCAAUACUUGAGCUUAAUUGCUUAAUUAUAUAUGUACACGCAUAUAUAUUUAAGAUCUUUCCAUU